AUGGGUUCCGAAAAUCUGUACGACAUACGUUACCCCAAGCUAGAAGCCGUGCGGGGUAAAGGGGCAUCUAAUGGCCUGGGUACAGCGAUUGGAACUGCCACGGCCGUCAUUGUGAGCUUCGUCACCAUGUUUGUAAUGGUGAGGCAGGGGGCGGAACUGGGCGAGAUGAAGUCGCAGAUGGACAUGGAAGCCCAGCUUUCGCACCUGAUGGAAACGGAAAUUCACCUGAAGGAAACGGUAACGCACCUGAAGGAAAUGGAAUCGCAGAUGCAGGAGAUACGACAGUGGAGAGAACACCUGGACUUGCAGGUCAGUCCUCAAGGCCCGAACGCUCAGGAAGACGUGAGUGGAGCUGGACGGGGCAAAAGCGCCACCUUUAUGUACGGAGCUGAAGUGCAUCGCCGAGCUAAGCGAUCUGUGCGCAACACUGAACAAUUUGCAAACAAGAUUACAUUACCGAUGACUCUUGGGGGAUGCCUGGCUGGAUCUGCUGGACUGAACGGUCCGCAGGGCCCACCCGGACCUCCCGGUCCCUCUGGUCCACCAGGCCCUCCCGGUCCGCCCGGAUCUGAUGGACAGACACCAACGAUCACCUCCCCACCAGGCCUGGAUCAUACCACCCGCCCAGAGAGACCCACAGUGGGACCAACUGCCACAAGCAUCGCCUCCACCGAACCCAGCACCUCGGGCGAGCCGUGGGCACUCUGUGAUUUCCAGCACGGAGCCGGGGGCUGCGGCUUCACACAAGACACGAGCGACGACACGGACUGGGUCUGGGGGAGUCAGCACACUCCCACCAGGAAGUACAUGUACGUUGAGGCCAGUGGUGGUACCGCAGGUGACACGGCUCGGCUCAUCAGCGCACCGCUAAACACGGAGAACAACAUCUGUCUGAACUUUAACUACCACAUGUACGGCACACAAGUCGGCACUCUCAACGUGUACGUGAAACAGCGCGGGAACAACACCCUUGAGGAGGUCAUUUUCAGCAGGUCAGACUUCCAGGGGGACCAAUGGAAGUUCAGCGAGUUGGCACUGCCGAAAUGGGAAGGAUAUGUGCAGGUGGGAGUGUUCUGGUUCUGCUAA